CGAGACCUGACAGUGGCGAGCGGCGGCGGCACUUCUUUGAGCCGCCGGUAGCAGCAGGGGAGACGUUUUGCGAUGCUGUCCUCUCCGUAAACUGACCGAUAAUGAGGAAAAUCAUCGGUACAGCAAUCUGAAGGAUGCUUCUUGGAUCAUGGGCCAGACCGUUUGCAUCUGCUCUCGUGGGACAAUCACCAUUGAUAAUAAGCGAUAUUUCUUUAUCCAGAAGCUGGACGAAGGGGGGUUCAGCUAUGUGGAUCUGGUGGAGAGUGUUCAGAAUGGAAAGUUCUACGCCCUGAAGCGUAUCAUCUGCCAUGACAAAGAAGAUCGCAAAAAUGUGCUUAAUGAGAUGGAAAUGCAUCGGAUGUUCAACCACCCAAACAUCCUGCAUUUAGAAGCUCACUGCAUCAUGGACAAAGGUCCAAAGUGUGAGGGCUGGCUGCUGCUGCCUUAUAUUAAGAACGGCUCGUUGUGGACAGAGCUGGAGAAGCUCAGGAAUACCAAUUGUUUUAUGCCUGAAGAACGCAUAUUGAAGAUUUUCCAUGGAAUCUGCGGGGGACUCAAAGCCAUCCAUGAGAAGGGUUAUGCCCACAGGGACUUGAAGCCCACCAAUGUUCUCUUAGAUGACAAUGGGCAACCUCUGCUGAUGGAUCUGGGAUCAAUGAACAAGGCAAGAAUUGAAGUGAAAGGAUCACGGGAAGCUAUGACAAUCCAGGACUGGGCAGCCCAGCGUUGCACCAUAUCGUACCGAGCUCCUGAACUCUUCAACGUGGCAAGUCACUGUAUCAUAGACGAACGCACAGACAUUUGGUCCCUAGGCUGCGUGUUGUAUGCUAUGAUGUUCCUAGAAGGACCGUAUGAUGGCAUCUUUCACAAGGGGGACUCUGUUGCCUUGGCUGUACAGAAUGAAAUAACCAUUCCAGAAGGCUGCAGGUACUCACAGGCCCUGCAGCAUCUGCUAACCUCUACAAUGGUGACUAACCCACAAGAGAGACCAAAUAUUACCUGGGUCCUGAACCAGACCAAACAAUUACUGCAGAUAGAAGCCGUCGAGGAGACUAAAUUGGCAUGAUUUCAGCAGCACAGAUGUGAAUGGCUCUGUCUAACCUGCAAGUGCUCUGGUUUCUCAGCUGUCGGACCUCAGACACUGCUGUACAAUGUAGCAAAAACCUUACCCUCAGCAACUGAGGCAGUGGACCAGGACAGGACAUCGUGUUCAUUCUGUUCCUGAAUCGUUUGUGCUUGGCUCGACGUUGAAGGGCAGGGAGAAAGAAAUGCACGUGUUUUUUUCUUCUUUUCAAAGGCAAUCAGCUGCUCACUUUGCUCCAAUACCUCUCCCUGUGCUUUUUCACGUUCUUGCAUUUGUAUUGAUCUUUGUCCACCAAAUCCACAACUACCUUCUUUCUUACGUUGAAGAACGUUGGAAUGUCCUGGAUAGUUUUACUCCUUCUGUGGCAAAAAGGAGGCGGGGUACUUGUUGGUAAAUGAUUUCUUGACCAUCCAUUUAUUUAUUAUUUGAGGCAACGGUGAUUUUGGCUCUCAUUAAAACACGCUGUGUUUAGCAUACCUUCAACCUGUUAGGAAAUCUCUUGUCAAUCAUCUUUCUCCGUAAGGAAAUUUAAAUCCAUAUCUCAGUAACCAGAUGGCAGCAAAUUGCCAGGUAUCCAGGAUUGCAUAGCAUGCUCUUAACCAUUUCCGCCCCCCCACAGGCGUGCACGCACACCUCCACCCACCCCAAUCCUGUCAUUGUAAAUUUCUCGCGUUGAUCAUACCCAAGUGGUUUAUUGUAUAACUAUCCCCCACUCACUGCCUCUUGCUGGACAGAUGUUCUGGUUGUAUUGUAGAGAACCUGCUAACUGCUCGGGAUCCCUGAGGCACUGAACUCCUGCCCUCCUGCUCCAAGGCCAAUGCAUUGCUGUUUCCAUUCAGUCUGCUAACUCUUUCAUGAUGUGCUAAUUCCAACUGAGCUGCAUAGAGCUUCCGAGUUGGCAAGAAAGUGCAGAUACAGAGGUGGCCUUGUACUUGCACAGUCAGGGGAGCCAGGGCUGAUUCCUGUUCUGUUGUACUGCCAUUUACAUGCUUGUAACUGAGAGGACUACCUUGACAAUCACAAGUCAUGUCAGCAGUGCACGUAGUAACCUUUAUUUAACCUGUCAUGGUGCUGCAACACCUUGUCCCUCACACCCCCAAUCCAGCUUGCAAUGUUCUUUAAAAUAUCUUUUUAACAUUGCAGCUUGGGCUGUGGAUGCUUUGUUAUCUCAGCUAUCCUUUUUGGAAACCAUUGGGCAGGGUGGUUCGUCCUUACCGUCUUUUUCAGUGUUUAUCCACCAGCAUCCAAAAUUAGACACUUAGGAAUUGCAAACUGGGUCUAGUUCUCGUCCACUUUACUUUUCUCCUCCACCUCCCCAGAAAUAACUGAGUACCUGGCAUCUACUGAGGGCCAAACUAUUGUCACCAAGUUGGUUAACCCACGCUCAGCGAACUACUUAGAAUCCCCGUAUUUGCUCCUUCCCAUAUCUUUAACAGCCAAACAGGAAACAAAAACAGAUCGGAAAUAAACAGAGUAAGUCAUUUCCUCACUGUCUCAUUGCCAAUUAAAGGAUUUGUGAUUCCCUUUCCA